AUGGAUAACAAUAGGAAUGAUGAUGGGAGCUCCAUUGAAAGGGAUAGAGUGUACCAACUGCGAAGAAAGAACUUCCAAAAGAGAUUGGUGACGAAUCUGUCAUCUUUAGGGUAUAUUGUUAUUGUACUGGAGUACCUUAAAUAUGGAUGUACCAUAUGGACAUUGCUGAUAAGAGUUCUUGUUCAGAUGAUGCUUGCAGCGCCGUUUCCCAACGAAUUACAUAUACGGAGGCUGGCGAGCAGAAACGAGAUACAAACUUCAAGCUAUUUUCUGUCAAUGGGUAUACCGAAUGGUAGAAUCAAUGCAGCACCCAGAGAAUCAAUACCUGGUGGAUUCCCAUCAAUUCCAAUAGAAGAAGAACCUUUGAAUGAUGAGCUUCAAAUUCAAAAAGAUCUAGAGGACAUAAAGAAGAAGAUAAGAAAAACAAUAUUCCAUGGCUCCCUUACAUUGAACAUCAUUUACAUAAUUACUUCUAUUCUCUUUCCUGUGGACUUUAUAGCAAAGUUAAACGGAAAGCAGCUGGAUGAUGAUGGUCUUGUUGAUACGCCUUCACCAUUCAAUAAUGCUAAUGGUCUAAUAGAUGGUCAGCGAAAGGGAGGUUUUUUGAUGCAAAUGCUUGGGGAAUUUCUUCCACAGAGUAAUUUCAAAGGUAAUUUAGGUAUAAUUUUAUUUCAGUUUGGUAUUUUAUUUUGCCAAUUUGGCCUAUUCGUUUUGACAUGUGUCAAUCUUGCGGAUCUGGGAUUUGAGGAGACUUUACCUGAGGACAUAGUUGAUGCAUCCAAAUAUAGUGAUGGCUACGAUGGAAAAGUGUUCGUCAUGCAAAUGGAUCCAGUGGAAGCCAUUAACCAAGUUUACCCGCAAACCAACAUGACACCGUCAACAGGUUCUGAUAUGGUUUGA